CAGUGAAAAUAUCCGAUCAGUAUCACAGUCAUAAUCUACAGACAAGCGAUUUAGGAGGCGCUCGAGGAUUGAGUAAAUAUUAUUAUGUCAGGGGCCGCAGCUACCGGCGGGGAGGAGAAGGUCUUCAAUGCCGAAGAUAGGAGGGUUCGAGUCCUGAAUCCUAGGAAAACUCCCGCCGGGGCCGGGGGUCACCCAGUUCACGCCUCCAUUUUCCAAGUACGUUCAGCGUGCCAAGCUUGCAACCAGGUAGCGCCUGCCACGUGCUUCAUGGUCGAACAGCUCAACAAAGGCGCUCAUCCCUGCUACUAUUUCACGACUGCCGCACACGUUAUUUGUUGCAGCGAUUGUGGAGAGUAUUGUUGGAUUCAGAUUGUGUACGAAUGGGAUCCCAAGGAUUCCAAACCCAGUAGCACGUUCCUGCCGGAUGAAACCUUUGUCGAGGAAAACAAUGACCGAGGAUGGCUGCGGGUGCCCGAAGACUACGUAAAGAACUGCGGAGAAGGCAAGGGAGACUGGGAUCGCUAUCUGUAUGAUUAUGGCAUUAUUGCUCUGCGCAAGGACAACUUGGAACAGAGACUAAAGGAUGAGCUUGACAAGCUGAGCGGUGCAAAUGCAAUGGUGCGCAAACCAAUGGCUCAACAGCCGCGUAUGGAGUCUGUUGACCAGGCGUUCCUGUGUGGGUUUCCUGGAGAGGUCAAAAAAGAGGCUGUGCGAGGUCACAUGUACUGGAUGCCCGUUGACAAAGCCAAGAAAGCUGAACCGCUACUGGAUGACAUCGGCUUUAAAAAGCGCAGAGGCCAGGAGAGAGAGACCUCUGCACUGUUCGCUAUGCCGCAACGUCAUACGAAUGACGGUGACGGCGACGGAAACAACAAAAGCAGCAGCAACCAGGAUAUUGUUGUCAAGCGACUCUACCGUCACUACAUUGAUUCAAGCGGUGGACAGAGCGGCUCGCCCAUAUACUCCUACAACGAUGAAGAAAAGGAGUACGUCGUUUACGGCAUUCAUGCCGGAUACUGGCGCUUUGACGAUGCCAAGUCAAAUUUGUACUGCAAUGUAGCAGUGCGGAUCCAGGAGGUCUACAAAGACAUGAGUGAGUGGAUCGAACGGAAGGAGGCCGACAAGCACACUGCCAAGCCAGCUCAGAAACAUUCCACAGAAGGAUUCGUUGAGAAGAAACAACCUAGCUAUCUGUUUGGCACUGGAAUCGAAGGAAUGAAGAAAUCGAAGUCAGGAACUGAGGAUGCCGGUGAACCUGACGAAGUGUACCUGGCUAACCCCUUUGACGCACCGCUGUUCGUCAGUGAGAUCCAACCAUGGCUUCAAAGCGUGCCCGCCGCAGGUCUACGUCAGAAGUGCCAGCGACAGGGUCUCCUCAGUAUGUCUGAUAUUCAAGAUCUACAGCUGACUGAGAGAAACCGAGGCGGUCCUGCGCACAAUCACGAUCUAAUCUUUAUGAUAUUGGCUCACGGGCGUGAAGGCUAUAUCAAGCUCUGCCAUGCUGUCAAGGAGAUGCGAUAUGAAACAAGGCUCGGUCAGAUGAACUUACUCCUGCCCCCGGAUAAGCGUGUCUAAGCCCACGCGGUGAGGCAAAGAAUGAAACAGAUUUCUUGGCAUAGCACCACGCUGUAUUGUCUGCGAGUAUUUUCCUGUACUUCUUGCUUUCUAGAAGUAAGCUAGCAAAUCUCUCUCUCAUGCACUCUCUCUCUCUCUCUCACUCUCUCUCUCUCUCUCUCUCUCUCUCUCUCUCUCUCUCUCUCUCUCUCUCUCUCUCUCUGUCUCACUCUCUCUCUCUCUCUCUCACUCGCUCACUCUCUCUCUCUCUCUCUCUCUCUCUCUCACUCUCUCUCGCUCUCUCUCUCUCUCUCUCUCUCUCUCUCUCUCUCUCUCUCUCUCAUUUUCUCUCUCUCUCUCUCUCAUCUCUCUCUAUCUAUCUAUCUUCUCUUUCUAGUAUGAUCAUCCUCAAUUUCCAUCUGUACACUUUUCUAGUCUUUCGCACUUCACCUUCAUUCCUCCCAUUAUCUUUCACAUAGUGCAUUUCGUAUUCUUCCACGUACAUAUUGUUGUUUUUUGCUAGAUUUCAUUAUUCAGACGUAUUUCUCUGAUGAAUGUCUGUAGAAAUCGUGUUAGGAAUUUUUAUUAUCCAUCUUUUAUUUUUGUUGAUUACUACGUCCAAUGUCCGCCUCGCUGAUUCUGCUGAUUGCCAUAACGAAAGAGCUUGGAAGCUCAGGGCCCUACGCUAUGCUAUUUUGCCUUGAUGACCUAGGCAAAAAAAGCAUUGAGAUGUUAUAAAUUUUGCAUUUCUCCUAUUAUUAUUUCAAGACAUAACCUGGGAUAUGAACCCGCACUAUCGCCCUGCAUGCAUCCCCCGAUACACUUCGCAAACAUACUAAUUCUUCCAAGUUGCUUCACGUUAUGAUCUUGCAUUUGAAAGCCCUAUUUGAA